ACAAAAAGAAAAAACUAAACAUAAGUCUUCUAAAAUUUAACAAAAUUUAACUUAAAACUUUAACUACAACAACUUAAACUAAAUAAAACAACAACUAUAACCAACAGCACCUUUAACUAUUAAGCAAAAAUUUAUUAAACUAAAAUUUUAGGGGCAAAUUAAACUCCCCCCUCCCCCCAACAAACGGCAACAACGAUUAUAUUAAAGGUUUUACUAUAUAAAACAACAACAACAAAACUUUUAAAACUAAAAACAAAAAAAUUCGCACAAAAACAUUUAAUAAAGCAAGAAUAAUAGAGAGAGAAAUUUCUAAAACACGAUCAAUUUAAGGGGUCCAAUGUUGCAGCAACACGCAACAUGUUUACAGCAACAUUUAAAGGAAACAACAACAACAACUACUACUACUUGGCCACAACCAACAAAAGCAAAAACCUCUACAGCAACAAAACAAAAUUUAAUAUGUUUAAACAACAACAACAACAAACAUGAAAAUUCUCUUAAAACACACUUACGCUCUCAACAAGGGAUAACAGUAAACCUUAAACUCCCUUUAGCUGCUGGCACUCAUUUAAACAACAACAACAACAACAGCAGCAACAGCAAUAACAACAAUGUUGCCCUGCAUAGGUCCUCUUCCUCAACAAGCAUUAAGAGCAAUAACAACAAUAAUAACAACAACAAUGUUAACAAAACAUUAGCAACACAAUGGGCCUUAAAUUUGCUAAAAACAACUAAGCAAAAUGCACAACAACAGCAACAACAAGAACAACAAAAACCAACAGAAAUUAAACCAGGCUUAGCUAUUAAAAAAGCAACAAAGCCUAGUUUUAAUUUCUUAACGGAAAACCGCAAAAAGGCACAAAUUUUAAAAGAAAAACUUUUAAACGACAGCAACAUGUUGACGCCAAUACAAAAGCAAGAAUCCUUAGAUUCACAAAAACAAGAAUCAUUAGAUUUUAAUAGUAAACGUCGGAGAGGACGUCUAAGGUUGUCUUAUGAAACUAAGCAAAAUUUGGUUAAAAAUGAAAAGCAUCAGCAGCAGCAGCAGUUGGAGUAUAAUGUGCCAGCAAUAUUGUUUAUAAACAAUGUUGCUAAAGUAAUAACAACGUUAUUGUUAACACAUAUGUUAGCGUUUAUACAACAAAUAAAACAACAUAAAUUUGUAUAUAAACCACAACAACAAAAACAAAAAUCCCAAAUAACCGUUAAACAACAACAACAACAAAACUCCCCUUAUAAAAAACCAGCAGAAAAUGUAGUAUUAUCUUUAAUAAAACAUAUAAUUAUAAAAACUAAAACUAAUAAUCAUAAUAAACAAAAACGUAAACAAACAUCAACUACAUUAUCAACGUCUUCAUCAGCUGCAAUAUCCUCCUCCAACAACAAUCCCCUACUCCCUUAUGCCUUUCUCUUCUUAAUAACGCUCCUUAUACUUCCAUGUCAUCAACCCCAUAACGGUCUGGCCGAAGCCGCCAAACCUAAAUCGGCCACUCAACACUCUAACAACAACAACAACAACAAUCAUCUGCAACAUCAACAGCAGCAGGAUAAACCGAAUAUCGCCUAUGCUGCUGGUGCAGAUAAUGUCCAUAUUGAUAAGGAGGGCACUGUCUUAACACCGCCCUCAUAUCAAGUUGUAUCAUCGCAAACAUCGAAUGAAGAGGAAACCGAAUAUAUACUCGAUUCGGAUGAGCGUAAUUUCGAUUUGGAAAAUGAGAGCAUAAAUGAGGUGAAUGAAGAGCAGGAGGAUGAUAUGCAGGAGCAGGAACGUGAUUCUUAUGAAAAAUAUGAUAAUGAUACCCAUUAUGAAAAUGCAACCGUCAUUAAAACGCCGCUCUUCCCCAAAGAUCUCUUUACCAAAGAGCAACUCGAAAAUGGUGCUGUUGUAUGUCAUAUUAUCGGUGUGAUAUACAUGUUCGUAGCCUUGGCCAUCGUUUGCGAUGAAUUCUUUGUGCCUUCCUUGGAUGUGAUCAUCGAAAAAUUGGGCAUUACAGAUGAUGUUGCGGGCGCCACAUUCAUGGCAGCCGGCGGCAGUGCGCCCGAAUUAUUCACCAGCGUUAUUGGCGUCUUCGUGUCAUUCGAUGAUGUGGGUAUCGGUACAAUUGUCGGUUCGGCUGUCUUCAAUAUACUGUUCGUGAUCGGUAUGUGUGCGUUAUUCUCGAAAACGGUGCUGACGCUGACGUGGUGGCCGCUGUUUCGUGAUUGCACCUUCUACAGUAUUAGUCUAAUGGUAUUGAUAUACUUCUUUCGGGAUAAUCUCAUCUACUGGUGGGAGGCUCUUAUUCUGUUCAGCAUUUACUGUGCCUAUGUGACCUUUAUGAAAUGGAACGUGGAGGUGGAGACGUGCGUCAAGAGAGUGAUAACGAAAAAUAAGGUGACUCGCGUCCGAAGUACAGAUCAGCUUAUGCCAGCAGGCAAUGCUGCCAAUUCCUCGGAAACUUCAAUGGCCACACAGCCUGGUGGUUCGGUAACAUCGAGAGCGGCUUCGGAGUCGAGAUCAGGACCGCCUGGAUCCAGUAGUGGUGCUGGCACUACAGGUAAUAGCAGUGGUGCAAAUGCGAGUAGUACACAGACUGGUGCAAAAUUUCGUCAUGGCCUAUUGCAGCUUAUGAUUCACACAAUAGAUCCGCUACAUGAUGGUGAGUUCAUGAUGUUUCCAUAGUGUUUUGCACACUCACUACUCACUCACACUCAGUUACACUAUUCACUACACACAACCACCGACAAACACACACACACAGUUCCCCCCAAACCACUCCAAUCUAAACCCUCCUCAAAAUAACAACAACCUCAAGACUCUUUUCACCCUCAAUUGUUCCUUUUUUUGAAAAAACAAUUAAUCGCAAAACAAACCCUUGUUAAUAUCAAUUAUCAAUUAAAACCUCAAACAAAUAUCAGUCAGUAUUCAUUUUCAAAAGCUCUCUCUCUCCCGCCCACUCAUUCAGUUUGUACAAAAUUUGUUUGAAAUUUAUUGUUAAAAAUUACAGCAAAAGUUUAAAUAUAAAAAAAAAUUAUUAAAAAAAAAAC